AUGUCCUCACUCAGUGAAGUAAAUGUUGAUAUCAAAGAUUUCCUAAUGAGCAUUAAUUUGGAGCAGUACCUCUUACAUUUCCGUGAGUUUGGUUUUAAUACUGUGAAGGACUGUGCAGCCAUAAAUGACAGCGUGCUGCACAAAAUUGGAAUAUCACCUACAGGACACCGUAGGAGAAUACUUAAACAAUUACAGAUAAUCUUGUCGAAAAUGCAAGAUAUCCCAAUAUAUGCAAAUGUUCAUAAAGUGAAGAAAAACGAUGACACGUCAAAGGAUGGCCAUGCUCUCUCUUCUAAUCAGAGUACAAAACUUUCAGGUUCUGGUAGUAUGCAGACCCUUAGCCCAACACAGUUGGAGACUGUUACAAAAAAUCUUAAUCAGAACAACCUUAGUGUGGAAAAUAGCCAGUCUCUUGAAUCAGAUGAUAAGCUGUCUCUUCCUAAACAUGACUUUCUUGUUCCAGAAGAAGAACCACAACUGAAUUUGGAUUCUUUUCAUGAUUCUUUAUUUGGUAGUGAAAAUAUUAAAAUAGAAUCUUUGAUUACAAAGAAGAAUAUGGAUUGUACAAUUGGAGAACCACAAACAGGAAAAGUUGUUUUGAUCUCGGAAAAUAUCAGCAAGCUUCCUAAUGCAGACCCUGAGUGUCUUUCUUCCAUUGGCUGUUCAACAGCAGAAGCAAAUUCUGGAAAUGGAACUAAUGGUUUAUUAGAAAAAUCACCACCAUCCCCAUUCUUUAAAUUUCAAGGAGAAAUGGUUUUAAAUGAUUUGUAUGUGCCAUCAUCACCAGUCCUAGCACCUAUGAGAAGUCGUAGCAAAUUGGUUUCAAGACCAUCUCGAUCGUUUCUGCUAAGACAUCGGCCUGUACCAGAGAUUCCAGGGCCAACAAAAGGAAUUUCAGGGAGCUAUUUUCGUGAGAGAAGAAAUGUUGCUACCUCAGCUGGAAAACCUGUGACAUGGCAGAAUUCAAAUGAGGAGAAUUCAUCUUCCAUCUUUCCUUAUGGAGAGACCUUUCUCUUCCAGAGACUAGAAAAUUCCAAGAAGAGAUGUAUAAAGAAUGAAUUUUGGACAAAUGAAGAAACACUCCAAGGGGCAGCACCUACAGCAAGGAACUCUUUUUUCAUCAAAUCAAGCAUAUAUGAUAACAGGAAGGAGAAAAUAAGUGAAGAAAAAGUGGAAGAUAUUUGGAUACCUCGACAGGACAAAAACAAUCUUCAGAUAGACUCUGCUUCUGAAUCAGAAUACUCAACAGUAGAAGAAUGCUUUCAUAGUUUAAGAAGAAAAAAUUCAAAGGCAUCGAAAUCCAGGACUCAGAAAGUAGUGAAUUUGGACCCCAUUAAUAGGCACAGUUAUCCAUUAAGCUCAACAAGUGGAAAUGCCGAUACAUCAGUGAUUUCCUCAAGUGCAAUAUCUCCUUAUGCCUGUUUUUAUGGAUCAUCUGAAAGGAAGGUUAAAUCAGGAUGGCUAGACAAACUGUCUCCUCAAGGAAAACGCAUGUUUCAGAAGAGAUGGGUGAAAUUUGAUGGCCUUAGCAUUUCUUACUACAAUAAUGAGAAGGAGAUGUAUUCGAAAGGAAUAAUUCCACUUUCUGCUAUAUCUACGGUACGAGUUCAAGGAGACAACAAAUUUGAAGUUGUUACAACACAAAGAACUUUUGUUUUUAGAGUAGAGAAAGAAGAGGAGAGAAAUGACUGGAUCAGUAUACUAUUAAAUGCACUGAAAUCACAAUCUCUUACCUCACAGUCUCAAACAGUUGUUACACCUGAGAAAUGUGGAUAUCUUGAGUUGAGAGGAUAUAAAGCCAAAAUUUUUACUGUGUUAAGUGGAAACAGUGUGUGGCUUUGCAAAAAUGAACAGGAUUUUAAGAGUGGACUUGGUAUUACCAUAAUUCCUAUGAAUGUAGCAAAUGUAAAGCAAGUGGACCGAACUGUGAAACAAUCUUUUGAAAUAAUCACUCCCUAUCGGAGUUUCAGCUUUACAGCCGAGUCUGAAAAAGAGAAACAAGACUGGAUUGAAGCUGUGCAGCAAUCGAUAGCAGAAACUCUCUCUGAUUAUGAAGUAGCUGAGAAGAUUUGGUUCAAUGAGUCUAACAGGAGCUGUGCAGAUUGUACAGCCCCGGAUCCUGACUGGGCAUCCAUCAAUCUCUGUGUUGUCAUCUGUAAGAAGUGUGCAGGACACCAUAGAUCUUUGGGACCAAAAGAUUCCAAAGUUAGAAGUCUAAAAAUGGAUGCGAGCAUUUGGAGCAAUGAACUAAUUGAGCUUUUUAUUGUCAUUGGAAACAAAAGAGCAAAUGACUUUUGGGCUGGUAAUCUUCAAAAGGAUGAAGAAUUACAUGUGGACUCACCAGUAGAAAAGAGAAAAACCUUCAUUACUCAGAAAUAUAAAGAAGGAAAAUUCAGAAAGACCCUUUUUGCAUCUCUCACCAAAGAAGAAUUAAAUAAGGUAUUCAAUAAAAAGACAAAAAAAAAGUGGUGUGUUUUGGAAGGAGGCUUCUUGAGUUAUUAUGAAAAUGAUAAGUCUACCACACCUAAUGGCACCAUUAAUAUCAAUGAAGUAAUCUGCCUGGCCGUACACAAAGAAGACUUCUAUAUAAAUACUGGGCCCAUCUUUAUCUUUGAGAUCUACUUGCCCUCAGAACAUGUGUUUUUAUUUGGAGCUGAAACAUCUCAAGCUCAAAGAAAAUGGACAGAGGCUAUAGCCAAGCAUUUUGUUCCCUUUGUUGCUGAAAACUUAACAGAAGCUGACUAUUAUUUGAUUGGUCAACUCUUCUACAAAGACUGCCAUGCUCUGGAUCAGUGGAGAAAAGGCUGGUUUGCCAUGGACAAAUCUAGUUUGCGUUUUUGCCUUCAAAUGCAAGAAGUUCAGGAAGAUAGAAUGCACUUAAGAAGACUGCAAGAGCUAACAAUCAGCACAAUGGUUCAAAAUGGGGAAAAAUUGGAUGUCUUACUCUUGGUAGAAAAAGGAAGAACAUUAUACAUCCAUGGGCAUACCAAGUUGGAUUUCACAGUCUGGCAUACUGCAAUUGAAAAAGCAGCAGGUACAGAUGGUAACGCAUUACAAGAUCAGCAGCUCAGCAAAAAUGACGUUCCCAUUAUCGUGAACAGCUGUAUAGCAUUUGUUACACAGUAUGGUUUAGGAUGCAAAUAUAUCUAUCAAAAGAAUGGUGAUCCUUUGCACGUAAGUGAACUCCUGGAGAGUUUCAAAAAGGAUGCAAGAAGCUUUAAAUUGAGGGCUGGAAAACAUCAGCUUGAAGAUGUAACGGGGGUGCUGAAGAGUUUUCUCUCUGACAUUGACGAUGCGCUUCUUACUAAAGAGCUCUAUCCCUACUGGAUCUCUGCUUUAGGUAACACAUUACCAUAGAACAUAAUAUAUGCU